AUGGGGCGCAACAAGAAGUCUAAGGCGACGGCGCACGCCCAGGCUUGCAGCGACGGAGAGCGUGAGGAGGAGCACGGCGCAGUCCCUACGACAACGUUGCCCGCACGUGCUGAGGGCUGCGAGGAGGAAAACGGUGCAUCGGCUGCUGCUGCUGAUGGCGCUCAAGGCACGCCCGACCAUCACAGCGGCCGCUGCUCGGAGCGCGGCAGGGAUAGCGACGAUGACGCUCCGAAAACGAAGAAGGAGUACAGGGGCAACCGGCUCAAGAAACUGGAGGUGCAGCGCAAGAAAGGCAAAGGCAAGGGCGCUAACGAGGACGACAAGGCAGAGGAGGCGGCGAGAGAGGGUGACGCCCACGAGGAGCCUCUCGUCGUGACGCGGCAGAGGGCGGUGGAGGUGCUCUACUGCCCCAUCUGCACCUUUCCGGCGGAGAUGUGCGAGUUCAGUGGGAUAGUGGAGAAGUGCCGGCCGUGGCUACUAGAGCAUGCGGCGGAUCUGGCUGACGCCGAGGAGCGCGGCCGCAAGCGACGCAUCUUGACUGAGAAGGACCGCCUCGAGGCGAUGUUGGAGGGGCGCGGUGUCAAGAAGGCUCUGGAGCGCAUUGUCGUGCUGGAGGUGGAGAAGCGCACGGGGCGACGCAUGAUCACCUCUGUCUUUGGCAUGGACCUCUUCGGCUUCAACCUGAAGGAUGUGUCGAGGGACUGGCGCAAGCGCUUCUCCUGCGGCGCCGGCGUGCGUGCCGCGGAGGAGGGCAAACACCAGGACUGCAUCGACAUUCAGGGCAAUGUGGUGGAUCAGCUGGCGGACAUGCUCAUCACCAAGUACAAGAUUCCGAAGGAGUCGGUGUACCUGAUGGAGGGUAAGAAGAAGGUGCCCUACCCGUACUAG